CCUUAAAGUCCUUUGAGAGGUUAUUCUCUCUCUCUCUCUCUCUCUCUUUCUGUCUCUUAUCUGUUCUGAUAAGACAAGUACACACGUUUUCCAGGUGCUAUCAGCCAGUGACCACCUUUGACUGAGAUCAUGCACACCAAGGAAAACUCAUGCUGCUGUUCCUUUGAUGACUGCAAACUGACUACAGAAUGGCUGCUGAGCAGGACGAGACACAGACCAAAGAUAGCUAUCGUGUGCGGCUCUGGACUGGGACUUCUCGCAGACAGUGUCUCAAAUAAACAGACCUUCCGCUAUGAGGACAUUCCCAAUUUCCCAGUCAGCACAGUUCCUGGUCAUGAAGGGUGCCUGGUGUUUGGUCAAAUCAAAGGCAAGUCAUGUGUCUUCAUGCAAGGAAGGUUUCAUCUCUACGAGGGUUACUCAUUGUGUAAGGUUACGUUCCCCGUACGGAUCUUUAAACUGAUGGGUGUGGAGACCAUUGCUGUGACAAAUGCCUCGGGAGGUCUUUGUCAGGAUUUCAAAGUGGGAGACAUCAUGGUCAUUAAAGACCAUAUUAACUUGCCAGGGUUUGCUGGACAGCACCCACUGUGUGGACCCAAUGAUGAACGAUUUGGGAUCCGGUUUCCUUGCAUGUCUGACGCAUACAGCAAAGACCUGAGGAAACUUGUUUUGGACAUCACUGCUGAGCUGGGCUACUCUAAUUUUGUGCGUGAGGGUGUCUACUGUAUGGUUAGUGGACCCAACUUUGAGACCAUCGCUGAGGCACGCAUGCUACACAUCUUGGGGAGCGACUCUGUUGGCAUGAGCACGGUUCCUGAGGUGACUGUAGCCAAGCAUUGCGGACUGCGGGUCCUGGGUCUCUCACUCAUCACCAACAAGGUUUCUCUGGACUACAGUCAUGAGGAGAAAGUGAAUCAUGAGGAGGUCCUGCAUAUCAGCAAGAUGAGAGCUGAGAUGCUCCAGAACAUGCUCAUUACCUUCAUCGCUCGCUCUGACCAAGUGGAGACCAUCAACAACAGCAACAGCAUCUACUCAAAUGCCAUGUAGUUUCAAUCAGUUCAGCUGAAAUUAAGGCUCUGGAAGUCAUGUGAAUGUACACUACAGAUCUUAAAGGCUCCAUGUUAUGCUUAGCCUUUUUUAUCUGGAUGGUUGAAAACUUCCAGUGUUAGACCUCACUGUACCUUUUAUUUACAUUGUUAAUAAAUCUCCCUUGAAAUGA